AUGGAUCAUCCAUUUCGGCCAAAUCCAUCAUUUGGAGCGAGUCAUGCAGCUCAUUUGCAUAGCGUGCAACUCCUGUUUGGGCAGGCCUCAGAAGAUCAUAUGCCUAUGCCGCCUCAUGACAAAGACCGUAAUAGGCAAAAUGUGCUUCGACAGAUUAUGCACCACCAUAACCGUAAGUUUGCAUCCCGUGGUUAUCCAAAUCGGGAUACGGCCUCAGCGGAAGAAUUGAAGAACCAGGACAAUAUCCAGAAAGCCGCUGUCCCUGGACCCGUCAACCAUCAUGAAGUAUUCUCCUGA